UCGCCGUAGAAGUUGGGGUUGAACUGCGGUUGUUAGGUGGUGGUAGCCUGGAGAUGGUGGGGUAAAGCCUGCCAUGAUAGAAAACGUGCCACUUAAGCUGAAAUACAGUAGCGGUUGGGUCACUGUAGCUUUCACUGUAGCUGGAAGAGGGCGCAAGGUAUGAGGGAGUUCGGUGGCAGAUCGUCAAAGUGAUCGAUAGGCGAUGACGAACGGCAGGUGACGGUACGGCUGCCUUAUCGAUCCAGUCGCGCAAGCGCGUGAAAGCCCAAGCUUAAGCUCCAGACGUCACGGCCAUUCCUCAGAUUUAGACCACCGAAUCCAAAAAUAUAUUGCUAGACUUCCCCGAUGGCGAGUUCCAGCGGGAGAUAUAACCCUGCGCGGCCAAAGCGCGACGGCGACCACUUCACACGCACGCACCAUCUGGAUGCUGGCGAGCCUUCGACGAAGAAGCCUCGAUUCGACCCACGUAACCCCUCCACGCUCGUGCAAGAUGCAGAUGAAGAGGAGGACCCUGCACUAGAAGCAGAUGUGAUCGGCAAAGGCGCUGGUAUCAAGCGCAAUGCAGUCAAUAUCGACGGCUACGACUCUGACAGCUCUACUGAGAACUUCGAUGCGCGCGCAGAGGCCAAGAGCAAGAAAGUCGCACCAUCAGAAGAGGAUGAUGACGAUAUGUUCGCCGAGGAUGACAAGAAUAAUGAGGAAGACGAGGAUACCCGCAGAGAUCAGACAAAGAAGAAGCAACUCAGGUUUUUGGAUAACGAAGAGAUCGAAGGACAAGAGGCUGAUAGCAAAGCUGGAGGUCAUGUCGCGGUAGACUUCACCAGCAAAGGCAAGGACACAGUAGAUGUUGAGAGUAGCAGUGAGAGUGGCGAUGACGAGGCGCGCGACCGCAUUGAUUCAGACAUCGACGAGGAGGUCGGAGCUGGCGGCAAGAAGAAACAUGCGCCUAAGCUCGAUGCCUUCAACAUGCGAGAAGAGCAAGAAGAGGGCCGUUUUGACGAGGCCGGCAAUUUUGUGCGCAAGGCCUACGAUCCAGAAGCGGCUCAAGAUUCAUGGCUGGAAGGCAUAUCGAAGAAAGACAUGAAGCGAGCCAAGGAGGCGCAAGAUAUGAGGGACGCAGAGCAGAAAGCACGCGAGCGAGCAGAGGACGCCAUCACUACCAGUGAUGUGCUUUCUAGUCUCAUUGCACGAUUGGACGUGGGCGAAACACCCAUGGAGGCUUUAGUGCGCUAUGGCAAGGCGGCGCCUAGGAAACAGAAGCCUAGCCACAGCAAGAAGAAGAAGGGGCAGGAUAUGGAGGUCGACGAGGAUCCCGCACAAGCGGCCGCGAUGGCUAAGGCGAAGGAGGCCAUUGAUACCAUCACCGAAUGCGCGAGCCGCCUUGAAGACCGAGGUAUGGAGGAUAUCUACGAGCUGGAGCGUGAAAUGAUAAUGCGGCUGUACAAGCGGGACACCGGGGAGGACUGGAAGAAUCCACACCCAGAAGUCGCGCAGUGGGAGUUCCACUGGCUCACUGCGCCAGAAGGAGACAUCAACGGGCCCUACGACCAGGCUACUAUGCAAGCUUGGGAAGCAGCAGGCCAGUUUGCUGCUGGUGCUGAGUUCCGUAAAGUCGGCGAGACUGAGUGGUCGCGACUCCUGGAUUUUGACGAUUGAGAACAUAGCCACGUCCUUUGGAAAGGUGCUUCAGCACCUUCACGCUUCACAUGCCACGACGAUGUCAGUCGAUCAAAACAACAAACCCACGCCAC